GAUGCGCGUAUUUGCAGUCUUCUAAUAGCGUUGGCAUAAAACUAGUGUUGGACAAGUCGUGUAUGUAUCAGAAGGGCGAUGCCAGGGAUAACCAGGUAUAAUUUAGUGGAUGAUGCACAGGAUUUGAGGAUCCCAAUGCACAACGAGGCGGCAUUUCAGCAUGGGGUCUGCUUCGAGGCAAAGUACAUUGGCAGUCUGGAAGUGGGUCGUCCGAACAGCCGAAUGGAGAUAGUGGCUGCAAUGAGAAGGAUACGGUAUGAAUUCAAAUUGAAGAACAUGAAGAAGAAGAAGGUCAACAUCAUUGUGUCUGCCGAUGGUGUACGGGUGGUUUUGAGAAAAAAGAAAAAGAGGAAAGAGUGGUCAUGGGAUGACAACACCGUCAUGAUAACACAAGACCCCAUCUAUAGGAUUUUCUAUGUGUCACAUGACGCCCAGGAAUUGAAGAUCUUCAGUUACAUUGCGAGAGAUGGCCAGAGCAACAUGUUCCGUUGUAAUGUCUUCAAAUCCAAGAGGAAGUCCCAGGCCAUGCGCAUUGUGCGGACGGUGGGCCAGGCCUUUGACGUGUGCCACCAGCUGACCCUGCAGCAGACAGGGGAGCAGAGCUCUGAGGAUGGACUGGACACCAAUGCUACCGAUGCAGAUGGGGAAGACGCUGUGCCAGCCAAGACGAGGUUGGCAUUGUCUGAUUCGACUGACCUUGAAGCCACCACAGAGGAGAGCAUUGACUGUUUGUCAUCUGACCUGGACAAGACCAAAAGCCAGGACCUUCUUAGUAAAGAUGGGAAGGACCCAGCCCUGCAGCUGACCUCCCCCACAACGGGGCCAUCCGUGUCGGACCUGUUGGCCGUGAACUCCCCCCGCUCAGUGGAGCACCAGGUGCAGCUGCUCCAGAGGCUGCUCCAGCAGCAGGAGCAGCAGGCCCAGGCUGCUGCAGCACAGACGUGUGUGCUCCAGGACCAGCUGUCAGUGGAGGUGCGUGCAAGGACAGACGCCCAGGCCCGUGUCCAGAGACUCCUGCUGCAGAACACUGACCUGCUGCAGCACAUCUCCCUACUGGUCAAACAGAUCCAGGAGCUGGAGCUCAAGGCUGCUGGAGGACUCAGCUCCAGUGACUGGCUCUGCUUCUUUAUCCAUUCUCUCUUCUCUUAUCAUUCGCUUUUAUUUUCUCCCCCUCACUCUUCAUCCCUCUUUCAGAUAUCUCUCCCCUCUCAUCCCUGUUUCUCUUGUCAUCUCUCCCCUCUCAUCCCUGUUUCUCUUCUCAUCGUCAUCUUGCCUGUCAUCUUGCCUGUUAUCUGCCUGUUAUCUUGCUUGUCAUCUUGCCUGUCAUCUUGCCUGUUAUCUGUCUCUCAUCCUGCCUGUCAUCUUGCCUGUUAUCUGUCUCUCAUCCUACCUGUCAUCUUGCCUGUUAUCUGUCUCUCAUCCUGCCUGUCAUCUUGCCUGUUUUCUUGCCUGUCAUCUUGCCCUUUCCAGUUUAUCAUAAUCUCCGCUCUCAAUUAUCCCCUCAAAUCACCUCCUCUCUCUCAUCUCUCUAUUCCCUCCACUCAUCUUCUUUCCUCCAUUCCCACUAAAUGUCUUUCUUUAUUUUAUUUGUAUCUUUCAUUAUUUAUCCUCUUUCAAUCUCACUCUCUCUCUUCUCUGUCUUCUCCACAGUGGGCUCCCAGGACAGUUUGCUGGAGAUCACCUUCCGUGCCAAGCCCCCCCUGCGUGACGCCCCCACCAUCCCCACCUCCAUGGGCCCCCAGCAGGUUCAGCCCCAGAUCAACAAUGGCCCAUGGGCCUCCACCCUAACAGGGUCCUCUCCACCAGGGACUAGGGCCACGGAGAGCCUCUCUCUGGGGCCUGGCGGCAGUGCCGUGAGGCUGGAGUGCUUCCGCUUCCCCCGCCG